AUGUUGCUUUCUAUUUAAACAGGAGCUAGAGAUUUCCCCUUGCUCCAGCAUAUAGUUUACAUAAGUAGAUAUAUCCUCUCUCGAUCGCCUCUAAUUUUCCGUUUUCUUUCUUUCUUUGCUUGCAUAUUUCUGUAGAAUUACACGUAAAGUGAUGGCAAAGUCAGCAGAGAUUGUUUGUUUCGGGGAGAUGUUGAUUGAUUUCGUUCCUGAUUCUGCCGGAGUCUCCUUAGCAGAGUCUACGGGCUUUCUCAAAGCCCCCGGUGGUGCACCUGCUAAUGUUGCUUGCGCCAUUACCAAACUUGACGGCACCUCCGCCUUCAUUGGAAAGGUGGGAGACGACGAGUUUGGGCGUAUGUUGGUGGAUAUACUGAAGAGUAAUGGGGUGAACAGCGAAGGAGUGUGCUUCGAUACUCAGGCGAGGACAGCACUAGCGUUUGUGACACUGAAGAGCAACGGGGAGAGGGAAUUCAUGUUCUACAGGAACCCGAGCGCGGACAUGCUGCUCAAGGAGUCAGAGCUGAACUUGGGUCUGAUAAAGCAGGCUAAGAUCUUUCACUAUGGAUCCAUAAGUUUGAUCACGGAGCCUUGCAGGUCAGCUCACAUGGCUGCCAUGAAAGCUGCGAAAGAAGCAGGCGUCCUCCUUUCGUAUGACCCAAAUGUUCGCCUUCCUCUCUGGCCUUCCCCUGAAGCUGCAAGAGAUAAUAUCAGAAGCAUUUGGAAUGAAGCUGAUUUUAUCAAGGUUAGUGAUGAUGAGGUAAAUUUCCUGACACAAAAAGACGCAGAAAAGGAGGAGACAGUGUUGUCCCUAUGGCAUGACCGCUUGAAGCUUCUUGUUGUUACUGAUGGAGAGAAGGGCUGCAGAUACUUCACCAAGAGUUUCAAAGGAAAAGUGAGUGGGUUCUCUGUCAAGACAAUAGAUACCACAGGAGCCGGAGAUGCUUUUGUAGGUUCCCUUCUGGUUUCCAUCGCCAAAGAUCCUUCUAUUUUCCAGGAUGAAGAGAAAUUGAAGAAAGCCUUGAGAUUUGCAAAUGCAUGUGGUGCAAUCAGUACAACCCAAAAGGGAGCCAUUCCAGCAUUGCCAUCAACAUCUGAUGCCCAAGGACUCAUUGCUGGCUCCAAGGCUUACUAAUGAUUCUUAAUUACCACCUAUCCUAGUUAUCAUCGUGUUUUUUUUUUACUGCCACUAUCAUUUGAUGACUACAAUUCUCCAAAUUCGUACUCCUUAAUAAGUUUAAUUUGCUGGACAAUAUAUUUAGCUUAAUUAGUACUGUUUGUAUUACUCCGUAGUUUAUGAACAAUUCCCUUCCGUCUUAUUCUUCCAAA